AUGGAGGAAAAUUUAGCAAGGGCUAAAGGCAGACACCUUGGUCUCGACGCGUAUUUGAAAACUCUUUUAAGUGAAUUAAACGAGUAUGUUUCUUCGGAAAGCGGUGAUUGCGAGCAAUCUAAACUCCUUGGGUUGAGAAACAAUGUGGCUAGUAUUAUCGAACAAUUGGCGACUGUGCACAAUGAAAUAUUAUCCUUGAUAGAUCCAAAGGACAUUGAGCCGGAAAUUAUUCGUCACAUGAAAGCCUUAGAACCUAGUCACCAAGUUUUGGCAAAGGCGGAUUUGAAACUUGAAGAAAUUAAGCAAGGGCAAAGUAAUAUUAAUAGCACAAGUUAUUCCUUAGGUGCAGCCGGUUUAAGCACAAAUAGAAGUCCUGCGCAUUGUAAGCUGCCACAAUUAGCAUUACCAGAGUUUACGGGGGAACCCUUAGAUUGGCAGGGGUUCUGGGAUCAGUAUCAAGUGUCGAUCCACAGUAAUAUAAACAUAAGUGAUAUUGAUAAAUUCAAUUAUUUAAAAGGUUGUGUGAAAGGGGAAGCUCUUGCGGCUAUUUCAGGGUUGACUUUAACUUCAGAUAAUUAUCAGGAGGCAGUUCAGGUUUUAAAGGAUAGAUUUGGGAAUGAGCAGGUGCUCAUUUCUGCACAUAUGGAGUCUCUACUUAAAAUUAAUAAAAUUAAGUCAGUUGAUAACAUUAAGGGGUUAAGGAUGUUGUACAGUCAUGUUGAAAACUGUAUGAGGAACUUGAAAUCUCUUAAGCUUGACACCAGUGGGUAUGGCUCUCUUCUCAUUCCAAUUUUAAAGGACCGCUUGCUCGAUGAGAUUAAUAUGAUUAUUUCGAGACAGUUUUGUGGUAAAGUAUGGAACUUAGAUAAGGUUAUGGAAUUUUUUAACAAUGAGCUUCGUGCUCAAGAAGAUUGUAAUUUCUCAUUGAGUAAUAAAUCAGAUGGUAGAUCUGACAAUUUCAGGAAAAGGGAGCCCUAUACAGCAAGUGGGUUAUUCAGUCAAACUAGUAAAACUCUCUGUAUAUAUUGUAAUGAGGGGGGACAUCUUCCAUCUAGGUGUAGUAAGGUCUCGAAUCACCAUUCUCGGAAAGACAUAUUACGGAAAAAAGGGAGAUGUUUUAUUUGUUUAGAUUCGAGACAUAUAGCAAAAAAUUGUACGGCAACUUAUGUUUGUAAGCGGUGCAACAAGGGUAAACACCACAUUUCCAUUUGUGAGGCAGCUUCGGGCAGACGAAAUGCAAGUAAGGAGAAUGGGAGCAAAGAGGAUGAGGAGAGUAGGGAAUUUGUAGGUCAUACUGGCUGUGACCAGCAGGGAAUAUUAUUACAAACAGCUAGAGUACAGGUCUAUGAUGAGGAGAAUAUUG